AUGUCUUUCAUGGAGGAGUUUGAUCACCUCAAAAUUGUGCUGAAGGAUAUAAUAUCAGCCACCGACAAUUUCAGUUACCACAAGCGAAUCGGACGUGGUGGGUUUGGAGUUGUGUACAAAGGAGAACUGGAAGGAAAAAUGAUGGCUGCUUUUAAGUGCUUAGAUGGAAGUAUUGGGCAAUGGAAUAUUGAGUUUUGGAAAGAGGUGAUGAUGCUUUCCAAAUACAGACAUGAAAAUCUGCCCAUUGAGACUGAUACGCGACAAAGAGUUGUUCAUCAAGACUUUAAAAGUUCAAACAUCCUUCUGGAUGAGAACUGGACUGCUAAGGUCUCUAAUUUUGGCAUGUCAAAAACACAUCUUUUGUCAAAUGUUGUUGGUACACCUGGGUAUUGCGAUCCAUUGGCUAUUGAAACGGGCUUCCUCUCCGAAGAAUCGGACGUGUACUCUUUUGGAGUGGUGUUGUUUGAACUGUCGCUUAUCAAUGAUUCUAUAAAACGACCAAGGAUGGCUGAAAUAGUGAAAGAACUUGAGUUUGCAAUUGAGCAACUAGAGGAUUUCAAUGAUCUCGGAAAGAAAUAUUUGGACUUCGAAGAAAUGAAAUGGAUUUCAGAUCUUGCGGUAGUUCCCCUAACUUACAAUUCUCAAAGUCAAUUUUACAGGCUUUUCUUGAAAGGAUUCCCCAUUGCUGAUGGAAAAACCGCGGAGGAUAUCAAUGAAUGA